AUGUGUUACGGUGGUCAACGAUUACCAUCAAAAGACGGACUAACCACCACCACUCGGACCCUGCCACCGGCUGCGAACGACAGCCCAGUGGUGGAAGAUCUGAGAGGUCGGUUAGCGGAGACUGAGGCACGACUCGAACGAGCCAGAGCCCGAGAAGCCGAGCUUAGCCGCGAGCUGGAAGCGAUGAAGCGGUUCGUAUGCGUCAUGGAGAUCCUAGAGACCUACCUCAAACGUCGAUUUCGUGAACAGGAAGAGCGAGUGGUUGGUCUCCUCUCUCCUUCUCUUGUUUUAUGGGUUUCUACUCAUGGAGCUGAUUUAGGUAUAUGGAUUGUUGAAAGACAUGGUGUAUAUGUGAAGAAUGGAGCUGGUGGUAUUCAGUGGAAACCAGUUGAAUUAGUUGUAGAUCUGCUGGCAUUUGCUAAAGAGAACAAGAUCGUGACAGAGAAUGAGAAGAGGAGAACGAAGGUCAUCUCCACCAGUUCUGCUUCAACAACAAGGAGGAGUGGGAAGACCAACCUGCGAUUGCGAGUCGCAGAGCUAUUGUUAGCGACUGCGAGUCUCAGAUUUGCUAAUGCUAUCAGGUUCCUUUUUCAUUUUUUUUAG